AUGUCUCAUGAAUCACAAGCUCUUCCCAACAUCGGCCAUGAUAAAUUGGCCCAGCAAGUUCACAGCCCACAAUACACCAACACCUAUGCACCUCCCGAGAAUGAGAAAUGGAACCAUCCAAGAUCAAACAUAGCUAAAACGCUAGCAACAUUCUGGAGCUUCCUAGUCAUGGGAGCCAACGACUCUGCAUACGGACUCGAAGACUACUACAACCUCUCCUACACAAUCGUCUCCCUGGUGUUCCUCUCCCCGCUCCUCGGCUACGCAACAGCAGCAAUAGUCAACGACAAAGCGCAUUGCACCUUCGGCCAAAGAGGAGUGGCACUCAUCUCAUCAGCAUGUCACCUUAUAGCCUAUAUCCUGAACUGCGUGCACCCGCCCUACCCAGUCCUCGUCGUAUCGUUCAUAUUCGCCGGUCUUGGAAAUGGAAUGGCUGACUCGGCUUGGAAUGCCUGGGUUGGUGAUUUGGAUAAUGCAAAUCAGUUGCUGGGCUUCUUGCAUGGCUCUUAUGGUAUUGGGGCGGUUAUUGCCCCGCUUGUUGCUUCGUUCCUUAUUGCUGAUGCUGGUUUGCCGUGGUACUAUUUUUAUUAUAUCAUGAUUGGCGGUGCUGCGAUAGAAAUCGUUGUUUGCGUGUCCUGUUUCUGGGACUCAACGGGGGCUGCAUUCCGACUGUCUAAGAAACAACACUCGGAAGAUUAUGAUGAGAAGAAAGGAGGACUUCGAAAUAUUCUUUUCAAAAUGCCUGCUGCUCGAGUCACUUGGAUCUGCUCUGUCUUCCUUCUUGGAUAUGUGGGUAUCGAAGUCGCCUUAGGAGGGUGGGUUGUGACAUUCAUGAAAGAAGUAAGACACGCUGCGCCGUUCUCGAGCAGUAUGACGUCCACUGGAUUCUGGCUAGGAAUUGCCGUUGGGCGUAUUAUUCUUGGGUUUGUGACUCCGUUGAUUGGAGAGAAGCUCGCUAUCACGAUCUACAUCUCUCUUGAGAUGGGCCUUUGUCUCGUUUUAUACUUAGUUCCGAACUUUUUUGCGGGUGCAAUUGCAGUCUCCCUGCAAGGAUUUUUCUUGGGCCCCUUGUUCCCAGGAGUUGUGGUUGUGACGACUAAGCUUUUGCCCAAGCAUCUCCAUGUCAGCGCCAUUGGCUUUUGCGCUGCCUUUGGAGGUGGAGGCGCUGCUGUUCUCCCUUUCGUUGUUGGUGUUCUUGCGCAGGUCAAGGGCGUUGAAGUUUUGAUGCCUUUUAUUUUAGCGCUUUCGGGGGCUAUUUUGAUUCUUUGGAACUUUCUUCCGAGGAUGCCCAAGUCCGGCACUAAGACACAAAGGGUUGAAGGGGCUUGCUAG